AUGAAUCAAAAUUAUUAAUUUUUAAACAAAUAAUGUGAAAGCUGUGGAAAAUAUAAUCAUCUUUUUUAUAAUUGCAAUUAAUUAUAAUAUAUGCCAAAUAUUUAAAAGAUAUUUUAUAAACAGAAUCUUUAAGUUUUUUAGGAACGAUAUAAAGUCUUCAAAAGGAAAAAACAAAGAAGCUAAAAUGCUUUUUAAUCUUAAAUAAGCUCAGGAUUAAAAAUAAAAAAAAUGCUCAUCGAAAAAUUUUAAAAUGGAUAAAUUUGUUUAGAUGAUUCUUCUAUUUUUCUUUCUGAAUAGAGCGAAGAAAAGGAAUUGUAAAAAGUAAAUUCAGCUACAAUUGUAAGGGAAAAGUAAAAAUCUUUUCAGAAUGAAAUUGUUUUAUGUGAAUAACCCUCUCUAAAUAAACGAUAGAAAUCUAAUUCAUUUAAAAGAGAAGUUUCGAAAGGGAAUAAAAAUGUAGACUUUUAGCAUUAAGUAAUUCUUAGCUAAUAUUAAGAAGAAAUGAAACCAAUAAGCUAGAUUAAAUUAAGCUUAUUAUAGUAAGAAAAUAUUAUCAAUAACUAAUAAAAUCACUAAGUUGCUUAAAGUAAAAUAGAAAGUGUUGAAGUUAAUCAUAAUUAAUUAAAAAUAGAAAACUCACUUCAUUAAAGUAGAGAUGAAUCUAUUAACUAAGAAAUUUAGAGUAUAAAUAAGAAUAAAUUUUCAAGACUUUAGAAUGAAUUUCAUAUCCUUCCAUCAGAUAUUUAAGAUUAAAGCUAUGAUAAAUAUAUUAAUUUAUUGUUUUACCACUUUGAUAUAUUUAAGAAUUAUUCAAUUUACUUCCCUCAUAACAAUUUGAGAUAUGUAUUAUUCGAAUAUAGAAAAGAACAACUUAAAAUUAUUAAAAAAAAAGUAGUUAAAAAUAAUAAAUCACAAAUCACCAAUAAAACUAAGAUAAAAAAAGAUAAAAAUUAAAGUUAACCUACUCCUUAAUUUGAUUAAUCUUUAAUAAGUAAAAAUUGA